AUGAAAAAGAACAAAUUUCAUUUUAGUAGGAAUAAUAAGACUUAUAUCAAUUCUUGUUUUUACACAUUUAAUAAGAUUUACUUCUUAUUCAAAAAAGAAGAAACUAUUUAACAAUUAAAUGAAAUCAAUUAAAAGAUGAAGGAAUUGUUAUUAGAAAUGGCUAAAAAUAAAAAAUACAUCACAUUAAUCAAAGGAGAUUUAAUUGAAUUGAAUUAAAAUUAUAAAGCAUCAGCUGAUUGUUAAAUAUAUUAUCUUAACAAUUAAAAUUAAAAAUAUUAUUUUUACUCGAGAUUGUCAACAUAAAUAAAUACAAUAUAUGUUAGAAUAAAAUUGAAGGAGAAGAUUUAUAGACAAUUUAAUUAAGUAAAUUAAAUUAGUCCUAAUUUUCAAUAAUAUUAAUGUUAUUUUUUGAAUCCCUUUACCUUUAGAAUUUUACAUAUAAAAUUAUGCUGA